AUGCUUUCGCGCAUUCCUCGAUCUGCUGUCUUCUCCGCCGCUCGUCCUUCUCUCCGCGUAUGCCGGAUCCCAGCAACGGCGCCCGCAGCCAUACAUCUUCAACCCCGAUUGAACAGCGUCAGCCACUCGUCCCAGGCAUCCCGUCGAGGGUUCCAAUCCACUAGUUGCAUCCGCAAGGGCAUCUUCCCUGAUUCCGCAGACCCUCCCGCCCCGAACCCACAAUCGAAUAACGUCGCCGGCGCGUCCACUCAUGUCACGGAACCCUCGCCAUUGACUGACGCGCAGUAUCACGAAUUCGCGGAGUACUAUCUCAAUGUGAUUCAGAAUGAAGUGGAGAAGGCACAAGAGGAGGGAUCUGAUAUCGAGGCAGAGUAUAGUGCUGGCGUAAUGAAUAUCUCAGUUCCUGGUGUAGGAACCUACGUCCUGAACAAGCAGCCUCCCAACAAGCAGAUCUGGCUCAGCUCGCCAAUCUCCGGCCCUAAGCGGUACGACUGGGUUGUCGAAGGGGACCGAAUGUAUGAGAAGCAGGACUCACAUCCCUUCGGUGGGCAAUGGAUCUACCUCCGCGACGGGUCCAAUUUAACGGAGCUGUUGAAUGCGGAGCUGUCAUUGAACAUUGCAAAGGACGUCUACACCGAAUUUGAGAAAUGA